UUUAACAAUUCGCUCGAGUUAUUUGUAGUAAAUAAUUUUGCUAAAUUCAGAUUGAUGUUUACCAAAACCUGAGUUAGCAAAUUACACAAAUUAUUGUAAUGUGCAGCAAUGGACACAGAAAGUGAGUUACAUUUCGAAUGUCUUUGUCGUACUUGCAUGCACGAAGUGCCUGAGGCGAACUCUUUUUCCGCUUCCAAUGAAGCUGCAGAACAACAAUUGCAAUCUAUCUUUGCCACCGUAGCUGAAUGUGGUACAAUGCGCAUUGCAGAUCUGCUAGCAAGAACUAUGCCACAACUGCAACUAAACUUAAGCGAGGAGCUGCCACAGCACAUUUGCCGUAUGUGCCUACAACAACUGUUGAGUGUGUAUCGCUUUCAACAGAUGUGCAUACAAUCCGAAAACCAAUUUCAAGAGUGGCUAGCUAAGCGAUAUACUGAUUUGAAACCUAUAACAGAGAUUGUUUCGGAAACAAAAGUGUUUACACUACCGGAACCGGUGCUAGACACUAAUGAAACUCCAAAUGAUGGAAUAACAUCUUUAAAUGUAGAUGAUCCACUUAAGAGCAUUGCUGAAAUAAUUAAAAUAAAUAAAGAUGAGUCGAAUAAUAUUAGUGUCUAUCUCAAAAGAGAGAUAAGUGAUGAUGAUAUAUGUACUUCUGGUUAUACUGUUUGUGAAACCUCAGAACUAAAUAAGCAACUUGUUGCAACACAAAUUAAAGUCGAAAUUGAAACGCCAAUAGCAGAAGCAGAAACCACAACCACCAGCAAUGAAGUCUCAAGUCAUGAGGAUGUUGAUAGUGAAGAGGAUAAAUUGACAGCAAAUGCUUUAUACAAAACGUCAGUCAAAGCCAAUAUUUCCAAAGAUCCGUCUUCGCAUACCUGUACACAAUGUAUGAAGUCCUUCGCUACACGCCGCUACUUGCUAAGACAUUUCAGACUUCAUAAAAAAACCGAUGGGCAAAAUAAUUUAACAUCAGAAAAGGACUCUCAGAAUUUAAGUUUAAAAUGCGACAUAUGUGGAGCACACUUUAGAAAAGCGGAAACAUUACAAAAACAUAAAGAAACGCAUAUUGAGAACACAGAAGAAUUAAAUACCUUACCCGCACCGAACUAUGAUUGUGAUUUGUGUGAUAUGAAAUAUGGCUCACAACGCACAUUGACAAGACACAAACGACUGCAGCAUGGUGUAGAAAAUUCGGAAGUGACACCUAAGGCCUACUCUUGCGAAUAUUGCAAAAAGAGUUUUCAGCAAUCGAGCACACUGAAGGAUCACAUGCGCACACAUACAGGAGAGCAGCCGUACUUGUGUUCUGAAUGUGGAAAAGCAUUUAGUAGUUCCAGCAAUUUGAAACAACAUUUAUUACGACACACUGGUGUUAAGCGAUACGAGUGUCCUGACUGCCCGAAGAAGUUCCCCUGUCUCAGCGAUUUAGCUUCACACAAAGCAGUGCAUCUACAGAUCAAACCACAUGUAUGUGAUAUUUGCGGCAAUGCAUUUGGUAAAGGAUAUCAAUUAAAGAAGCACAAAAUGUAUCAUAAUGGCGAAAAGCCACACAAAUGCGAAUAUUGUGAGAUGCGUUUUGUGUGCAUGGAUCACCAGCGUCGUCAUAUGCGCACGCACACGGGUGAAAAGCCCUACAAAUGUAAAUAUUGUGAACGAGCCUUCGCCCAAAGCAACGAUCUAAUCAAGCAUUUACGCACACACCUCGGUGAAAAUGUCUAUAAAUGUGAAUUAUGUCCCAGCGCGUUUCGUUUGGCAACGGAGUUGCGCGUACACUUUGCUAACCACAAGAAUGACGACGAGGCGACGCGAACGCGAAAUAUGCAAGCGCUUACCGAAGGUGAAAAUAAGAUGAAAAGUCGUUCGCAACCUCAACAAGCGCCAUCGCCUUAAUAAUCAAGAUAAGGACAUGGUUUUGGCAAUUAAUUUGGGAAAGCAAAGUACUUAUAAAAGGCACAUUAAGAAGGUACUGAAAUUGAUUUCUAUUUACGUGGUUAGCGUGAAAGUAUUUUUUAUUAAAUUAGUGAUUUGUAUACAUUUAAUGUGGGAUUUGUACAAACUAGUCUAUACAAAUAACAAUAAAUUAAAGGAGAUAAGGCUUAAGCUAGCCAA